AUGUGGGGGGCAGAGCCGCUGGGCUCCAGAAGCCCCUUCCUGGAGCGCAGAGGGAAGGACAGGGAGCCCCAGGUCACUCAGUGGGAGCAGCAGAUCCCAUCAGUGGCCGUCCCAACCCCGACUGGCGAAGGUCCGCAGCUGGGGCUCCAGCCACUCGCAGCUGCGCAGGCCGGGCUCUACCGGCACCCGGGUGUAGCGGACCCCGUGCUCCCGCAGCACCUCAGCGAACACCUGGCGCACACCUGGGGACGGGGCGGGGUCGGCUGGAGGCCACGCCCCCGCUCUCACCUGGGAGGGGCCCACCCAGGGCAACUCCCACCCCCGGCCCACGCGCUUCUGCGGAGUAACCCCACCCGGGACCCCUACCUGGGAGCACGUGCACGUGCUGGUGGCCGUCCACAGUCCGGACCUUACCUGGGGCAUCUCCACCCGGCCCUCGGCCAGCGCCUUGCGGAAGCCCAUCUUGCCCAAGAAGAAGCCACCGGGCCCGAUCAGGGAAGCCUCCGAGCCCAGGUUGGGGUUCACGGGCCGCCCUUCGCUCAAGUUGGCGUGAAGGCCGGCGGGGAUACGGUGCCUGUGGGGAGCGAAACGCUCGGGCUGGGCCGCGGUGUCCGCGGACGCGCCAUUGACCAGGAGGGAGACCCCGGUCAGCGCCCCCGCCAGGAAGGCCUCCACUAUGCCCUGGUCGCGCCUCGGGCAGUAGCCGAAGUCAUCCCCGGUGACGACGAGCUGCACGCGGGGCCGGUUCAUGGCAGGCGGGCCGGAGGGACUGGGCUGGCCACGGCCGAGCCCACGGCCAAGGUGGGGAGGGAGGACAACGAAGGUCUGAGCCUGGGUGGCAGCGCCGCCCGAGACGGAAACGGUUGCCUGGUCUCCGGAGAAGAAAGAGGCCAGAGGAGGAAACUGAGCCCGGAGAGGGGAGGAGGCCUGCCCCGGACCUCGGUCUCCUGCCCCGCUGUCGUCCUCAGACUCCGCAGAUCUCGCCUUAUGCAGUCCACGUGGGUCAGCGCUGACGCUCCAGCCAGGGUCUUGACCACGACAUUCUUCCUGCGUGCAACAGAUUCACUGAGGUUCAAUAGAGAAACGGUCAUUCGUAAACUCCCGUGGCUCCUCUCCGCGCCAGGCUCACAUACAAAAGUCUGUUUGGCGUCUAAAGCCUUCAGCACCCUGGGCUCCCUCUUGGAAGCUCCUGGAACAAGACACCGUCUCCCGACCCCUGGCAUUUUCCCCUGGCUCAUCCCCCACGCCUGGAACGUCCCCUCCUCAUCUCCGCCUCCUUCCAAGUCCCAACUAAAACCCUGCCUUCUACAGAAAACCUGUUCCGACCCUGCGUGCCAGGGCCUUCCCUCUCUUGAUUAUUUCCUCUUCAUCAUACGAGCAAAUUUGUUAGGACAGAUUUCUUUGCUUAGCGUCUCCCCCGUUAGACUGUGAGCUACUCAAGGAUGGGGUCUGUCCUUUGGCUCCCUUGGUAUAUCCCUGGCUCAAAUCCCAGAGCCUGGCCCGUGUAAAUAAAUAAGUGCUUCCCGGCGAACUGACCAAGCCCGUACACUGCAGCCCCACGUGGGAGGGGCUGAACGAUAAUCUCCUUCGAUCGUCACCACAGCCCUGGGAGGUAGUUCCCACUGCCUAGUUGCCAAAAAAGGACUCUACCCCUGCAUAGUGUUUUCUCUGGACGUGAGUUGCAGGAGGAAGGGAAGAUUGAAUGAGUGAGACCAUGUGACCUGAUAGCCCAGUCAUGUUCCAGACACAAAAUUUAGCUUAAGUGGCAGAAGGUCAGGAAGAAUCUAUGCUGUCUGUGGAUUUCCCAGGGGACUCCUGGGAAACUCUCCACCUGCAAAGAGCUGUCUCCAAAGGUCCCUCACAUUCAUAUCCCACAGCCUGGCACAUGGAAAG